AUCAGUCUAAAGCGCAGCUCCAGUGGAGGACACGCACUGUGCACCAUCUCCCUCAGCCGUCCGUGUGUGGGUCGUGGAAAUAACAACUGUUCCCCAAAGAAGCUCGAGAGCGGAUAACCAGCAGCAGAGAAGUGAUGGAUGAAAGAAUACCGCAUUUACAGGACAGACAGUUCAUGGAGCACGCAGAUUUCUUAGGGGUGGAUUACCCCUCUCUCUACAUAUGCAAAUCCAAAAGAGGAAUAAAACGAGAGGAUGGUGGGAAGCAGGACGCAUACAAGUUACCACACCGGUUGAUAGAGAAGAAGAGGAGAGACCGAAUCAACGAAUGUAUUGGCCAGCUAAAGGAUUUGUUACCCGAACAUCUGAAGCUGUCGACUCUCGGGCAUUUGGAGAAAGCAGUUGUCCUGGAGUUAACGUUGAAACAUUUGAACGCACUGACUGCUGUCACUGAGCAGCAGCACCAGAAGAUCAUUGCUUUGCAGAAUGGGGACCGGUCCAUGAAAUCUUCCAUUAACGCAGAUCUGGAUGUGUUCCACUCCGGGUUCCAGGCCUGUGCCAAAGAGGUCCUGCAGUACCUGAGUCAGUUUGAGAACUGGACGACACGAGAGCAGAGGUGCGCGCAGCUCAUCAACCACCUUCACAAGGUGCUGGCGCAGUUCCAGCCCGGCGAGCCGCAGCUCCAGCAUCAGCUACCCGCCGGGGACGCACAGGACGUGCAGAAAGCCGACAGCCAAGCUAAUUGUGUCCCGGUCAUCCAGAGGACCCAAGGCGGGGAGCUCAACGAGAAUGACACCGACACGGACAGUGGAUACGGGGGAGAAGCCGAAAAGAGCGAUGUCAAAGAUAAAGAAUGUGAGCACAAUAAGGCGCAGGGGCCGAAGGCAGUGAAGAUCAAGCAAGAGUUCGGAGACGAUCGCGCUGCCAAAAAACCCAAGAUGAACUGGCCUGGGAACGGGUUAGGGGGCACAGACCCCACGAGGCCCGAUCUGGCGUUUAUGAACUCUCUGAUGGGAAUAAGCGGUGUGGGACAGCAGACACCCAUUUGCAUGCCUUUCUACUUCAUCAACCCCUCGGCCGCGGCGACUUAUAUGCCUUUUUUCGACAAAAGCAACAUUGAAAAGUACAUGUACCCAGCGGCGGCGGCCGCUCUGGCAUCUCCUUUCCCCUGGCUGUACCCAGCACACGCAUCAGCAGCGGCGGCCGCGGCUGCCGCUGCUGCCGCUUUCCCCGGCUUGGCUGUGCACGUUGGAGCCUCUUCCGAGUCCAAGGGCUUCCACAGUCCAGACAGCGACGAGUCACUCGAGGCUGAGUUGGAUUCACCAGAGGAGCGCGAGGAUAGUCCCGCGAGUGACUACGGGGAGGAUGACGUGGCUGAAACGUCCCAAGAGAGCAAGGACAGUCCUCGCGCUCAGUUUUCUGCUUGUCAAACGAGCUAAUUUCUUUCUCCGUGUUACCUCUGCGUCUGCUGAGGAGUUUAUGUAUUUCCUUUUUUUUAGGCUACAAAACGAGGUUUCACAGAAGAGUUGCUCGUGUACAACAUAUUGGCUAAACAGGGGACAGUUGUGACUGAGUGUGCCUUUUGCACUGAUGCUAGAUUAGUCAAACUAAAUGAUUAUCGACAAUGAUUGAAACAAAUACACGGCUGUGUUGUGCUGGAGUUAGUUUUUUAUCCUCUUUGAUAAAAUAUUUUGAAGUGGCAGCAUUGGUGCCAAACCUUUGAGUACUACAACAGUGCGCAAUAUCCCAAUCAGAGUGUCUCUUUGGAUGUAUGAAGUUGCAACUGACCUUUGCCAAGGUUAUUAAGACUGAUUCUGACUGUACAUAUUAUUACCUGGAAGACAGUCUGAUUCAUUAACAUGUAAAUGAGGCUAUAAAUGAAGUGCCCCUGGAAGUGGAACGCCCCCAAUACCUCAUCCACAACUUUGCAUGGGGUAGGCUGAAUUGGAGGCACAUGACUGUACCCCCUGAGAAGAAAUUAAUGGUAUCUCCAUCAUUAAUAAUUCAUACAAAGAACAGCUACUUUACACAUAAUAAAGAUACAUUAUGGGAAAGGUAUUAUGCCUGGUUGCCCUCAACUCAUUUUACACAUUUACAGAGUUUACUCUGGUUUCAUUUACUUGUUUGUUCUUGUGAGGAAAGAAGAAAAAAAAAGCAAUCAUUCACAAGGGGCUGCUUGACCUGAUAUUGUAAGUCCCCUGAAUGAGGCAUUUCAGCACCGAGAUGUGGUGACCUCCUGUACCUCCAAGAAACAUUGUAGGUUAGCACCUUAUAGAUCUUUGAUAUUGAAUGUACUUGUAUUUUCCCAGCUGUUAAAGUUUGUAUGUAGGAUGAUCUUUACUCUUUGAGACGUAAAGUGCACUUUUUCUGCUCUUACUCUCAAACAGUCACCUUAUAAUUUUGAGAGUCAAUCGCUGUAGUUCUCUUAGAACCUUUUUAUUGUGUUGAGUUGUCUGGAAAUAAUAAUACAAAAGAAGAGGGAAGAGAUACCACAUGCUUUGUGAUGAUUUCGUGCAGUAAAGUGGUCAUUAAGUCAUUUGCCUGAUUUGACAAAACACUACUUAUUUCUGGCUCUUUCGAAGCAAAAUUAUUCAAAUCAUAAUCAGAUUUGAAAACCCUGCAACCCAUGACCGGACUAUCCCAGAUUCUGUGAUAUAUGCUAUCAAUAUGUAAAACCUUGCUUUUGAAAUAUUUUACAAAGCUGUGGUUAUGUGACCAUCACUGAUGAUCAUUGGCGUUUUAGGAACUUUUAACUUUAUCUUGGCCUGUUUUCUAUGAGAUUAAUUCCUGAAAGUAUAGUUAUAUUCAGCUUUUUUUAAGUUUCACAUGUGAUCGAAUAAACAGAUGGUUUUCAUUGCAUUUUCCAUACACAACAUUGCUUUUGUAGUUUACUUCAGCUGGUUUUGCCUCAAAUCUGUUACCAAGUGUUAUAUAAAGUGGCAUGUGUGUCUGUAAAUAUUUUUUUGUGAAUAUACCAUAAAGUAUACAUGUCUAUGUCAAUGUUGUAAAAGUCUAUGGAUUUUUUAAAGAUUUAACUGAGCAACUGUUGCACAUUUCGUUAAUGCUUUACACAUAUGCUGUUAUAAAUUAUUGCUGAUGAGUUGUAAAAUAAAUAUCAAAACUAACUC